GUGUGUGUUGUUUGUUGAGAAGAGCGCGGCGGAUGCCGGCUGCGUGAUAGUUUUGAAUUUUGAUUGAAAUAUCAAUGAACUAAGAUAUGUAAUACUGAUGAAUGUUAAGUUAUGUAUGAAUGAAGCAAGCAACUCGACCAGCACCAGCUAUAUACAAACAGUCGCUUGCAACCAUUAGGGUUGUUGGAUAUCCGUAGCUCAUAGCUGUCUUAUCUGCUGUUUCAUUGAAACCCUAUAGGUUGAAACCAGAAAGCUGCCAAGAUGAUGAAAAUGAAAUUAGUAGACAAUGUGGUUAGGAGUUUUCGAGUUGCAAAGGUUUUUCGAGAAAAUAAUGACAAGAUAAACAACCUGGACUUUGCUGCCAACGGGGAGAGCCUCUUGUCGAGCAGUGAUGAUGAUCAGAUCAUUAUUUAUGAUUGUGAAAAGGGAAUCCAGAAGAGAACGGUGAACAGCAAGAAGUACGGAGUUGACCUCAUCCACUUCACCCAUGCAAAGAAUGCUGCUAUUCACAGCUCAACAAAGAUUGAUGAUACCAUCAGGUACCUAUCACUCCAUGACAACAAGUACAUCAGGUACUUUCCUGGACACACCAAAAAGGUGGUGACGCUGUGCAUGUCGCCGGUGGACGACUCGUUCCUCUCGGGCUCGAUGGACCGCACGCUGCGACUGUGGGACCUCCGCUCGCCCAACUGCCAGGGACUGAUGCACCUCUCCGGACGGCCCGUGGCCGCCUUCGACCCAGAGGGACUCAUCUUCGCGGCGGGCGUCAACUCGGAGAGCCUCAAACUGUACGACCUGAGGUCGUUUGACAAGGGUCCGUUCACCACGUUCAAGCUGAGCCAGGAGAAGGAGUGCGACUGGACGGGCGUCAAGUUCUCCCCCGACGGCAAGACGCUGCUGGUGUCGACGAACGGCUCUAUCAUCCGGCUGGUGGACGCCUUCACCGGCCAGCCGCUGCAGACCUUCACCGGCCACCUGAACAACAAGGGCAUCGCGCUGGAGGCGUCGUACAGCCCCGACUCCCAGUUCGUGUUUUCCGGCUCCACCGACGGACGGCUGCACGUCUGGAACGCAGAGAACGGAUACAAGCUGUGUGUACUGAACGCCGACCACACGGGCCCCGUGCAGUGCGUCCAGUUCAACCCCAAGUACAUGAUGUUGGCCUCCGCCUGCUCCAACAUGGCGUUCUGGCUACCAAACAUGGACGAGGUAGCAGCGGGACCAAUGUGAACACUCGUCUGUCAAAGCAGCAGCAGGACAGACUCGUCUCCCGACUCUGCCUCUGAGGAAGAUUUCACCAGCUGGACCCACUCGAUAGGCGGCGGCGGCGGCGGCGGUCCCAGGAAGGCCAGCUGGGGCUGCUUCCUGCUGGGGGCGUCACACUGCCAGGCCAGCCGCUCGGCGUCCUCCACCAGACGGUCCACCUCAGUCGGCUGCCGACGCGGAAAAUACGGUCAAAGUCGGGUGCGGACGGCAGGAUAGGAACGUUCGUAAGGAUGACGAAAAAUCCAAUGUAGGUAUAUUGAAGAAUGGAAAUGCCCGCUAGUAAGGCCGAAGGAAAGAUAAAAUUGUCGUAAUGUCUAAUUAUACUAGCUUGUUGAUAUAUACGUUUUUGUUCACAUCAUGCAAGUUAUGCAGCGAACAAGAGAAAAAAUACAUAUGAGCUCAGUUACCUAUUCGACGGAGCUCAGUGGCAGUCGACGUAACACCCUACGGCUACCAUCCGCCCCUAUCACUUCCCUGCCCCACCCCGAACUCCGACUCACGUCGAUGUCGACGGCGGGCGGCGGCUCGGCCGUCUCUGCGUCGCUCGGCUCCGCCUCCCCCGUCAGGUGGUGGAACGCGCUCGUCGCCGGGCCGCGCUUCACGCCCUUGUCGCGGCGCUCGCGCUGCUUCUUCCUCGGUUUGCGCGGCGAGAGGCUCGGAUCGUGUAACCGCGCGUGGUCGUCCAGCUUUUUCUGAAAUGUGGGCGUGCGGUGUUAAAAAUACAUUCAAAAAUACAUGCAUCAGUAGUUACA